AUGAGUUACUCAAAUCGAAGUAUGCGCAAUGAUGACCGCAGAGAAGAGAAACCCCCACAUUCGAGAAUUUUUGUUGUGUGUACUAAACAAACAAGAGAGGAAGACCUAAGAAUCCCUUUUGAACAGUAUGGUACUAUUCAGGACAUAUACAUACCGAGGGAUCGUAAUACUGGCGAGACUAAAGGUGUUGCAUACAUUAAAUAUAAUAAAACCUCUUCUGCAGCUGCUGCUAUUCAAGGAAUGCAUUUGAAAACUUUAAGAAAUGAGAAUAAACCACUUAGAGUUAUGGUUGCUGCUAACAGAAAUGAUGGUAAUAAUAGCAAUGAGGAAAGAUUUAAGAGGCUAUUUAUUAAAGUUAACAAAGAUGCAACAGAAAGUGAAGUAAUGAACCAUUUUUCACAAUUCGGAGACAUAGAUUAUGUACAAUUGCAAAAAGACAAUUUGACUAAUACUUGUAAAGGGUUUGCAUAUGUUCAUUUCAAAUUUUUUUAUGAUGCAGCAAAGGCUUAUGAAGAAUGUGAUAGAAAGUAUAAGCCAAUGUUUGCAACUCCAAAGGAUGAAUUAAAAAGAAGCAGAAACAGUUUAGAAAUGGAUAACUUUCAUUCAAGCAAUUCUAGCAUUUCUGGUAGGGAUAACUAUUUGGAGCGCUACUAUGUGCCCAGAGAUAAUAUUAAGAGUGAAAGUAUGAUUGCACUUAUUCCAUCAAAACCUCAACAUUUUAACACAAUCAAUGUGAAAUGUUAUCCUCAAAUACCACAAAAACAUAUUGAGCAAUUGUUUAACAUUAUUCCAGGCAUGAAAAAAUGUCAGUAUUCCCUAGACAUACCUAAUGGUGUUUCCAAAGCCCUCAUCAGCUAUGAUGAUGAAAGAGCAGCAGCAUUUGCUGUAGAAAGGCUGAACAAUUAUGAAUUUCCCUCUGGAGAAAUAUUAACUGUCAGACCAGAAAACAAUCCUUUAACUUCGGCAGCUACAGAGUUGAGUAACAUUGUAAAUAAUUUUAAAAAUGCUAUUGAUGCUGGAACUCCUGAUUUGACUCAAUUAGCAGAUGCAAUAGCACAGGCAUCCACUUUAAUCAAAGUAGCCACAACCUGCAGACCUGAGAGGUCAGAGUCACAUGAACAAGAUGUAAACUAUUGCAACAUUCAACUUCCUCCCCCUCAACCUUUGGCUAACAUCAACAGUAAAGUGGCUCAAAGAUGUUUUAUAGUAUGUAAGCCUCAGCCUCCAUCUAGCUCUGUAUUAAGGGAUGUAUUCAGUAGGUUCGGGGAUCUAAUACACGUAUCCACUUUUCCAAAUAAAAUAUUUGGUUUUGCAAAAUAUGCAUCUAUUAAAGCAGCACAGGAAGCUAUUAAAACUUUAAACGGGGCUGUGGUUUGUGGAGUUAAAUUGAAAGUUCUGGAGGCGGAUGAAAGGCCUACUAGAAGUGAAGAGGAACCUAAACCAAAUACAGACGAAGGACAGAGUGAUAAUACUGACAAUGAUAUUGAUAGAAAAAGAAUGAGACUUAUAGACAGUUCAGACUUAUCUUAG